UGACUGUACGGAAAGAGGAAGCAAGAUAGGCUACACACGGAAAGUGAAAGACAGAUAGAUAGAAAGAAAGAGAGGGAUCAGACAGGGAGCGAAAAAAGAGACAGACAGACGGAGUGAGGGAGUUCGUUCUUGGGAAGAAAACUUCCUCGACGCAGCGUCGGGUGGGCAAACUUCGGGCCUUGUCUUAUCCAGUUGCUAGGCAACCGACCGCGCAUACCGCUCUCUUUUGGCAGGACGCGGCCAGGGCAGAGACUUAGGAUGCGUGCCUUGCAGGGCUUCUUUCUAUUGGUCCUCGGAAUCAUUAGCCACGCCCACUCCCAUCUCAACCUGACUCUGAAUGGUCAGUGGGUGGAGUGGAAGGACCAAUACAGUAAGGAGUAUGGCAGCCAGGGGGAGGAGACCCAGAGGAGACAGGUCUGGGAGCAGAACCUGAGGAUGGUGGAGAAACACAACCUGGAGGCUUCUCUGGGCCUUCACUCCUUCACCAUGGGCCUCAACCACCUCUCAGACAUGAUGUCUGAGGAGGUGAACGCCCUCCUCAACGGGCUGAGGGAGGAGGAGGAGGAGGAGCUCCGUCGUCACGGCAACCUGACGGUAGCCCCGCUGGGCGGGGGCGUGGCCCUGCCCCCGUCGGUGGAUUGGAGGAGCAAAGGCAUGGUCGGCCCAAUCAGAAACCAGGGAUCUUGUGGCUCGUGCUGGGCGUUCAGCGUUUCGGGGGCCUUGGAGGGCCUGAUGAAGAGGUCCACGGGCAAGCUGGUCACCCUCAGCCCCCAAAAUCUGCUGGACUGCAGCACCAAGUACGGCAACCACGGCUGCAAGGGUGGCUUCCUCUCCAAGACCUUCAACUACAUCAUCGGGAACAAGGGCAUGGACUCGGACAAGUCUUACCCCUAUGAGCACAGGGAGGGGAAAUGCCGGUACUCCGUGCAGGGCAGAGCCGGGUACUGCGGGGGGUACAAGGUCCUCCAGCACAGGAGCGAGACGGAGCUCCAGACCGCGGUCGCUAACGUCGGCCCCAUCUCUGUGGGCAUCAACGCCAGGCUGCCCACGUUUAUGGGCUACAGAGGGGGAGUGUACAGUGACCCACGGUGCAGCUCCAAAACGAUCAAUCACGCGGUGCUGGUGAUCGGGUACGGCACGGACAGGGGGCAGGAUUUCUGGCUGGUGAAGAACAGCUGGGGAAAAGGUUGGGGUGAAAGUGGAUUCAUCCGAAUGGCGAGGAACAAACACAACAUGUGUGGGAUCGCUAACUACCCCACAUAUCCCACCAUGUGAUACGAACCUCCAGGGCCGAGAACUGCUGCUGUUCCACCCUCCCUUUACCUGGGAGUCAGGGGCCAGACAGACUGGCCAACCAGUGGCACUAAUUACCCGGGAGAAAAAGAAAACCAGGGCCGGAGCUGGAUUCCAGGUCCAGAUUUGAUGGUCCCUGCAAGUGGACUGGAAAAGUAAACCUUUUAAUCACCUCUUAAUCUUAAAUUAAACACUGGAAAAAAACAGUAUAAUAUAUGCAUACACAGUAUCUAUAUGCUUGUCAUGACCUUUAUUUAUAUGGGUUUAUGUUUGCAAUGAUUGGAAUCCUUGGAACUUCCACAGGUCAAACGGGUUUAGCUGUUUUUUUUUAAUGUAUGCAAAUAAAAAUGGUUUACAUGUA